CCUCAGUGGGCCGUGGCACGCGCUCCGUACGCCUCCUCGACAUCAUGGCUUUACUGCGUCAUUGGCAUGUUUGAUCGACGAUUAGGGGGAAAGGAAGGCUUUUGCCUCUUCUCACUCUCCCUCGUCGUGUCGUUAGUUGUAACAAGUGUUUUAGGUUGCAACAGUCCCAUCAAUUCCUGGAGUCGAGCUACGCAGUGUUUGCAGGACGCCCUACCGCGUAGUACUUGAUGACCUAGACUUGGCAGACAAUUUUCAUUUGGUCUGUAACAGGACGGAUGUCGGCGUGGGGCUAGGGAGCUAUGUGUAUAUGGUAAGUACAAUGCAUCGGUGUCGUGGGUACAGGAGGCACGAUGCUUGGUAUUGGAAUGCUCUCAGGUAGAAUGCACAUCUACGUUGCUCAUAAGUACUCUACGAGCAUCACAUAUAACACGCAACGCAUCAGUGCUCUCGCUUGGAACAUACAUGCGCUUUUGUCGGGGUCGCGCGAUCGUAUGGUGCACCACUGGGACCUGCGAAAGCCGUCCCUAUGUUCGUUUGAGCAGGGCUACCUCGUUGGUUUUCUGCUGAAGUUUCAAGGUCCGGAAUCUCAUCUGGUCCUGGACAUCGCUUGAGCUCCCGAGUACGCACGUUUGAUUUGGUUAUGUGCGGUCUUUUUGCUGCAAACAACAGCAAGAAGAUCGCUCAUAACCAAAUCUCUAUCUGGC